AUGAGCAGAGAGCACACAGUUCCAGACUCUCUGGUGAUUGAUCAGAAAGCUGUGGUCUUUGCUAUCAUUUUAUUAUUUUUGUUCCUGGUGGCAGUGCUUGGCAACGGCUUCAUCACUGCAGUGCUGGGCAUGGAGUGGUUGCUACGGAGAACGUUGUUGCCUUGUGAUAAGUUAUUGAUCAGCCUAGCGGCCUCUCGCUUCUGUCUGCAGUGGGUGCUGCUGUGUAGGAACAUUUACAUUUUCCUGCAUCCAACGGCCUUCCUGUAUAGCCCUGUGCUGCAGUUUAUAGCCUUCCAGUGGGACUUCCUGAAUGCUGCCACCUUAUGGUUCUCCACCUGGCUAAGUGUGUUCUACUGUGUGAAAAUUGCAACCUUCACCCACCCUGUCUUCCUCUGGCUAAAGCACAAGUUAUCUGGGUGGGUACCAUGGAUGCUGCUCAGUUCUGUGGGGCUCUCCAGCUUCAGCACCAUCUUAUUUUUCAUAGGCAACCAGAGAAUAUAUCAGAACAAUUUAAGGAGCAAUCUGCUGAAUGUUACCAGGGAGAGUAUAAGGAGCUCAUGUGAGAAAUUCUACCUCUUUCCCCUAAAAAUGGUGACUUGGACAGUCCCUACUGCUGUCUUUUUCAUCUGUGUGACUUUGCUCAUCACAUCUCUGGGAAGACACGUGAAGAAAUCCCUCUUGACUAUCUCGGGAUUUCAGGAGCCCCGCACCCAAGCACACAUCAAGGCUCUGCUGACUCUCAUCUCUUUCGCCAUCCUCUUCCUCUCCUAUUUCCUGUCCCUGGUGCUCAGUGCUGCCAGGAUUAUUCCAUCUUGGGCUCUUAGGUUCUGGGUGUGGCAUACAGUGAUUUAUCUGUGCAUGGCAGUUCACCCCAUCAUUCUGCUUCUUAGCAACUCCAGGCUGAGAGCUGUGCUGCAGAAGAGCUGUUUCCUGAGAUGUGGGGCACCUUGCAUUACAGUUGAAGAGAAAUCUCGAAGAGACUUCAAUGCUCCUGGUGUGGACACAAAGAGAAAUAACUUCCCUCUUUGCCACAUUUAA